AUGGAAGACGAUGAGACGGAGUCGACAGAUACUUACACGCUGCCGACCAAUCAGGUGCUAGACCCAGCCAUGCUGGCCAGCCCUGACCUCCUUUCAGAGGUCUCCGAUAUGAAACACGACCUCAUCAAGAUGUCUGCCAUCUUGACGACAGAGCAAACUGAACACCCAAGCCCUUCGGAUAGAGGAAGAGGAGGAGGAGGAAGAGGAGGAGGAAGGACAGGGAUGGAGGAGGAACCCGGGGAGCCGUUUGAGAUCAUGGAACAGGUGAAAGAGGAUCUGGAGAAGGUUGGAGAUAUUUUACGAGGGGGAGAUACUAGAUUCACAAACAACAAAGAGAAAGUACUGCAGAUGUCCAAAAUGGAGGACAAGGAGUUGGUUCUUCUCUCUCAGACUAAAGCCAAAGCCAUGACUCCCUCUGAUGUUCAGGAGUCGGUACUACAAGAAGUCAACAUUCAGAGGAAGACCUCUCCCACAAUUACCAAAGAGGUUAGAGAUAUGUCAGGUAUGGUGUCUCACCUCAGUGGAGGCGUGAACCAGAACCUAGAAGAGAGAUCUGGCGUAACCAGUUGCCCACUACAGGACAUCAUAGUCCAGGAGAGAUUAGAUCAGGUCGUUCUGAAGCGGGAAGGCAAACGCCAUCCUCCUGAGAUCAAAAAGCCGAUCAGGAAAAAGUUGAGGGACAGGGAACGUUCUGGAUGCAGCAGUUCCGAGGGGGAGCUGGAGAGGAUGAGCUCUGAGGAGUCCCUUGAUGGGGAUGUUGUUCUGGGAGAGGCGAGGCAGGAAGUGGUUCCCGGGUCUGAGCCUGGAGAGGUUCCCGGGUCUGAGCCUGUAGUGGUUCCCGGGUCUGAGCCUGGAGUGGUUCCCGGGUCUGAGCCUGUAGUGGUUCCCGGGUCUGAGCCUGUAGUGGUUCCCAGGUCUAUGCCUGGAGUGGUUCCUGGGUCUAAUCCUGUAGUGGUUCCCAGGUCUAUGCCUGGAGUGGUUCCCGGGUCUGAGCCUGUAGUGGUUCCCAGGUCUGAGCCUGUAGUGGUUCCCAGGUCUAUGCCUGUAGUGGUGUCUGGGUCUGGACCUGGAGUGGGGCCCGGGACUGCGUUUAAACCGACUGCAACCCUGGAUUGGGAUGUCGUACUGGGGGAGUCUGGGCUCGGGUCUGGGUCUGAAACUUGGUCUGGGCCUUCUGGACCAACCCCAGCCAUGGAGCCCCCAGUGUCGCCCCUGGUCGUGGAAACCCCUAUCGGAUCCAUAAAGGACAGAGUGAGAGCUCUGCAAAAGAAGGUUGAGGAAGAGGAAGAGGGGGAGGAUGGCCGUAAGCGAAAGCCUACACAGGCGCCAGUCCCUCAGAACACAACUUUCAUCACCAUCACUAAGGAGACGGGUGAGCCCCAGAUGCCAGAUCUUCCUAAGCUUCCCAGAUCUCCGAAAUCCCCCCGGUCUCAGACGGAGAGGCUGGAGGAGACGAUGUCUGUCCGGGAGCUGAUGAAGGCAUUCCAGACUGGCCAGGAUCCUUCCAAGAACAAAACGGGGCUCUUCGAGCACAAAGCCAUGACGUCAUCCACAACCUCCACAUCGAGCUCCGAGGCAGUGAUCGACAGUGAGACCUACAGAGCUGAAACCAGUCCCACAGAGCAUACGCCAGCAGAAACUCCAACUUCCACAAUCCUCUGCUCGCAUAGUGAUGUUCUGGCUCUCCAUUACAAAGGGGUGGAUGAUGAACCAAAUCUGAUCUUAGUAAGAGACCACUCUGAAGACUCUGAGAUAAUUCAUGUUACAGUUCAGUUGCAGGAGUCAGCGACUAACAUCAACAGAAUACAACCAGAGGACAGAGGGAUCCCUCUAGACAGGGCUCUACCAGAGGAUGGAUGUACCCUCCGAGACAGGGUUCUGCCAGAAGGUGGAGGGAUGCUCCUAGACAGGACUUUACUGGAAGAUACAGACCAGAGGGACAGAGGGAUCCUCUAG